UUUCCCCUGGCCUAAGCGUGCUCAACGAAGUAAAUUUAAACAGAACCAAAAAUGAUUCUUACAACGCGAAGUAAAAUUGUAAGUUUGAUUGUGAUCGUUUGUUUGACCGGUUUCUUCCUCUAUGCUUCGAACAUAGCCGAGUUCGGACGAGAAAGAACACAGACCAGAAACAUUUACAGCAGAAUAGCGCCUAAAGUGGUCAACCGAAAUGUUUCGCCUACAGAGUCGAAAGCUUCAGUUGGAACGACGAAUACAAAGACAAGUGAGGUCAUCAGUCGAAAGGUUGUUCCAACUCAAGCUACAGCCACAGAAAAACCCACAAAUAAUUCAUCUCCAAAGGUUUUCAUUUAUCUCACUCAAACGGAGCAAUGUCUUCCUUCAAACUUGGCCUCUUCUUCCGAGAUCGGCGACCCCGAGACAUGUCACUGUGAUGUCAUAGUGCUAAGCUUUCGUACUAAAUGUCAGGUGCAAAAAUCGCCUCACAUCACUUAUCUGUUCGAUCCUAAUACUGGAUGGGGAACAGGACGAAAUGUGCUGUAUUUUGCUGCAAUGAAGAGAUCCCCAAAAUACCAUUAUUACAUUUUUAUGGAUGAGGAUGUGGUACUUAGUUUCAAUUCAUUUGCUUCGCAUGAAAUGACAAGGCUUCCACCGUACAGAGUCGUGGAACAAUGGCUCCUAGAUUACGAGCCUGUGGUUGGCGUUUUGGAUUAUGGAGUGCAUCAUGGAGCAAGCUGGACAAAUGAUAGACGACGGAAUAUAUGUAACAUGACGGACAGUCCCCUUGUGAUACCAACAAUAUGGUUCGAUGGCGUUUUUAAUGCAUUUCAUUUCAAAGCUAUCGAGCAUCUUUUCCCUUACCGCGUGCAAUACGAAAAAAUAAGUUGGUGGUCGCUGCAUAGAUACAUCUGGUCUGCUGUGGAACUGAUAUUUCGAGGCCAGGCAUUGAUGUUUGUGGCUGUUACAGCGGGUAAUCCCACACACCGCUCAUACCCAAAGUCUUUAGUGGACAUAAGCACAUAUUGGAGAGACUAUAUAGACACAAUCCGAGAGGAAGCUCCUUUAGUUUACAGAGAUCAACCCUUAUUUGAAGAUUUUAGGCAGAAUCUGGAGAAUUACGUUAUUACCUCUAGCACAUAUUGCAUGACUGUGAUUCGUCAUCAACCUAUUAAACCAUACUCACAUUUUGAUAGUCAGACAGAGUUCCAGUAAAGUUUCCUAUAUGAGGAGGCUAGGAAUAGGUAAACUCGAGUAAAAUGUAGCCUAAUAUAUGCAAGUAAGCAGCUAAUCCCGCACAAAUUCCAAGACACUCUGUUUAUAAACUAGGUGAACUGUAACAGACUCUCCAAGUAUGUCUCCUGGUUUUUAAAACACAGUUUCCAUUCAAAAGACGUGGGAGACACUUGAAUACCACGCUAUUUGGUCUUAGACAUAUUGGUUCUACUGCAGGUGAACACGGCAUGGGUGAACACAGUAGGGAUUUGCUGCAUGCACGAUGGUAAGUAUUAUGUUGCGUGCACAGGUAAUCUCUCCUUAUCAAAGUGAGUCAGAGGCAGAUAACCUCGGAGCAUUGGUAGAGGUGUGGUUUAUAAAAGUGUGAGUCCAAUUGACAUCCUAAAAUGGAUUGGUUUACCUCAGUUACAUCUUCCUUGAAUGCAAAAUGAGAGGAACAUCGCGCUAUUGUUUACAAUGCGCCGUGCGACCGCAGAUUUUCGGCGUCAAACUCAACCGAAUGUGGGUUGUCAUUAGAUAAAAUUUGCUAAGAGAGUUAUGAUUAGGAAAGGGUAGUAACAAAAUAUU